AUGGCUCCUGUUCCGAUCGAGGAUGUGCCAGACAUUCCAGUAUUAGUCUCCGGCGGCCUCUAUGUUCGCGAUGCCGGAGAUGCCAGCACAGAUCCCACGGCCUCACUCAACCUCAACACCCACACCCUUGUCGCCCGUGACGACUCAGCAACCACCACAAAGGCGUCCUAUGGACAGGGCACCGUUGACCCACACAGUAUAAAGAUGCAAGGUCUGAUGGCCUUGUUUGCCCUUAUUGGCGCAGCGUUUGUUUUGGCAGCAAUUUGGUUCUUCUUCUGGGCUCGAAAUGGUGGGUUUGUCUGGCGCAACGGUGACUGGGACGAGUACAAGUCGACCGUCCUCCGUCGCAAGGGACCAGAUGGCAAAACUCUCAGUAACGCCACGAAGAGUACGAAGCUUGGUGGUGGUAGUAUCGUCGGAAAAGGCUACACGGAUGAUGGAUAUUCAUACACCGAUGGAUCAUACACCGAAACCGCAACUACAGUCACCGAGGAAAAACCUCGCCGCAAGAGAUUCAGAGACGCGAAAGAGAAGUUCCUCCGACGAAACAAGCAAGAGCAAUGGGAAGGUGCUGAAGAUGCCGACGUCCGGGCGUACCGUGAAGAGAAGCCUGCUCGUAUCGGUGGCAUGAACCGCGAAGCCGACGGAACCUACCACGGCAGCGACUAUGACACCUCCGCCCCGCCCACAUCCUACCAACAGAGCGAGAUGAGCCAGACACACGACUUUGCAUACGAUGACCCCCCCACAGAUCCAUCUGGAUUCUCUUUCACCGAGGGCAGCGAGGAUGUUAUCAGUCAUACAACGGAAGAGCGUCGCGUCCGUGAUCCAUCUACUCGUCGCCACAACCGUCGUCGUGAUCGCCGCAGCCAGCCUCCUAGCCACGUCCCAUCUGGUCCCCCUCCCGCACCAUCAUCCCGCACAAGCAGCCCCCGCAAGCACCGCGACCGCCGCUCUGCGGCCCAAGGCCACUACACCGAGCCGCUGGACUUCUCAUCUGCAGGAAGCCGUUCCGAGUACCAGUAUUCCAAUGUCGACACCGAAGACUCCGGCACCAGAAGCUACAAGCAUCCUAUCCCAGGACUGACCAAGGGUUACCGCCGUGAUGGCCGCAGUCGUCGCCGUGACAGUCUGAGCGAUAGUGAGGGCGAGACUCGGUACUCGUGA